AUGUGGUAUAAGACAAUCAUGGUGGAUUCAGUGGAAUGUCCAUACGAAGCAGCAGAGAAGCUCUACAAAGGGUUUGAAAAAGGAGUGGAUGAUGUUUGGUGGUCGGUUAUGCUGAGCCCUGAUGCCAGGACCGGUUGGACCUUGGUCAUCGAGGGCGAAGAAGACCACACCUACACACUACACGCAGGACUCAAUCGCGGACACAGCGCCAACAAGGUCACCGGCGCACAAAUAAUCAAAGUCCUCGAUCCAUCCGGAACUGUGGUUAAAUCCGCCACCGGUGGGUUGUGUGUCGACUCCGGAUGCCCCAGCCUCAUCUACAACUCGAAUUACCAGGUCAUCGGUCUCGAGGACGCCAGCAGCACCAAGACCGCCGAUGCUGAAGAAACGCCCUGUAAGGGUAGCUCGUGCAAGGGCACAGUGUUCGACAGUAACGGGCCCUUACUAUGGCGUAACAUCGAUUGCACAUGGUAUACAGUUGAGAAUGCAUCGAUUGAAGUAUUGACCCGCUGGAAUACGCUCUUCACUGAAUCUGCGUGGACGGAUCUUAAUAAAUACUGGUUGAGUUAUCCGCACGAAGGAGGACUGAAUUAUUCAAAUGAGUUCUUCUGGAAUCCACACACGGCACUUACCAGAGUUCAAGCCUCCGUGACGAAUCAGAUUGGAGACCUGACAGAGACUUUUGCGGGCUUCCCUUCUUCGACCCUGGCGGAUAAUCUAGUCAUGGACUUCCUAGGUCUCGGAUUUGCUCUAUUUACCAGUCCUCUCUUCAGCCGCGCGCUCGAAAGAAUUCAGUUCUAUGAUAGCUCUCUUCAGUUGAGAAACUUGAAGGACACCACCAAUUCAUUGGUAGCAAACGGUGUCACCGUAAUCAAGGAUGUUAUUGCUACGGACUCUACACCCCUGGAACUCGGGGUUGAGAAUACGCUGGAAAGGAGACUGGACAAAAGCAUCGAUACCUUACACGCUCUGAUGACCGAUGGCAAACUACUGGAAAACGCCUUCGACGUGCCCGGCGACAAAGAGAUCGCCAAGCUCACCGAGAAAGCCAUAUUCGGCCUGCUCAUUCCCAUGACCUGGUCCUUGUCUCCCAAGACACAUAAUGCUGUUGUUAUUGACUCGCAGUCAUCAUCCGCAUAUAUAUCAUCAAGCAUGGCCAAGAAGGCAUACGUCUGCCACAACGACAACCAUUACUAUCUGGCCGACGUCGUCAGCCUAGACCGGUCUUGCCAGUCCAAUAGCCAGGGUGGUCAGUUCUGCCGCGAUCCAGACGUACGCACCCUUCCAGGCAUUGAUGCACUGGAUGGAACUAGCUGGGGAGGCGUUACCCUUACGGACUUGGUGGUUGGUGCCGUCAAUACCUGGAGCCAGAUGGGUAACACAAGCGCCUUUUUUAACCCUAGCGACAUCGGCGCACUCGAAGAUAUUUACGAUAACAGCAUCCGCUCUGCGGGUGUUGUUCAUAUCCCUGUUGAAACGAUCUCGGAGCCGAAGGAGGCGCUCGAUUAA